GAAACUUGUAAUCGAACCUUUCGAUCAAAAAAAUGUCGGUACUGCUAGCGUUGAUCUAACUCUUUCGGAUGAAUUUAGAUACUUUAUUCAUCAUAAUGGACCAGUCCCAAUCAGUGACGAAGCCGGUGCCAAAGAUUACCAAAAAUUUUCUCGUAUCUUGAAAUUAGAGGAGGGUAAACCCUAUUAUCUUGGUCCUGGUCAAAUGUGUUUAGGAAUUACACGAGAAAAGGUCACAUUACCCUCAAAUAUUUGCGCUUUAGUAGCAGAAGGGAGAUCUAGAUUCGCUCGAUUAGGUUUGUCCGUACAUAUUACCGCCUCAUUUAUUAACCCCGGAGUGAAUAAUCAGACGGUUUUGGAAAUUUUUAAUGCCUCAAGUCUUACAUUGGCCCUUUAUCCAGGCACAAAAGUUUGUCAAAUGAUUUUUAUGACUAUGGAAGGGCAAGCUGAAUAUUCUGGGAUUUUCCAGGGACAAGCUCUAUAA